CCCUCCUCCAGCAGCUCAGGAUCCAGUUGCACUUUAGUUUUCUCUCAGCACGGACAAGGAGCAACAGCAAGAGGUUCAAACAGGUGUGGAAAGGUUCAAACAUGGCUGCAGAAAACAGCCCCAACUGAAGCAAAAUAUAUCCAAAACUAGCAAAGCUCCAGUAGAGUAAAUGCAAUAAGGAGUGCCUUACCCACUGUCUCAAUAUGAUCACUGUAUACGAUGAAUAAAUGACAUGUCACCCAGUUUGUAUAAACCACUGACACUGACUUGACUUGGAAGUACAGAACAAGGCCUCUACUCAAAGCAGUGGAAAGCUGAGGAUGCAGUGAGCGGCAGCAGUCACCAUGAUUGACCUGAGUUUCCUGAUGGAGGAGGAGCAGGAGACCAUCCUGGCUGUGUUGAAAAGAGAUGCUGAGCUGAAGAAGGCUGAGGAGCGGCGUGUCCAGAGCCUACAGAAGUCUGUGACUGACAAGGGCCAGCUGAGGUACAUGACUGGAGAAUGGUUCUACGAGACCAAGCAGCUUCGCCAUCAGGAUCGCAUCCAUGGCUCCGACAUCAUCAGGGCCUCCAUGAGACACACACAUAAAUCACUGACUAUAUUGGAGCGCUCCCAAAUAUUGCCUGAGAAGCCCAGUUUUGUCAGUAGUGAAAAUAAAGAAGUGUUCGUCCCACCUGUACUCUGUGGAGUCCUUCAGGAGCCUCACAUGCAGCUCAGCAAUGAAAGGUAUCAAAACCAGAACCCUUAUGAAACACCACAAGAUACACCUAAACUGGUUUUACAGUCACCAACAAAGAUUAGAAAAAAUCCAUUCAACUGUGAGGUCAUUGCAAGUCACACUUUUGAAGAAAAGGACAGUCAGUUAUUGGACAAAGCAGUGGAUCAAACCCAGAAACCGAAUGAGGAGCCUUCAUCUGACAGCUGUAUUACUUAUGCUAGUGACCUUAAACAAGACCCUAAUGAAUGCCCGUUCCCCCAGAAUACAUCUGUUCUCAUACCAAUGCCCGAAAACAGAGCAGUCAGCACUAAUUCUCAAGACUAUUUUGUAGAGGUAGAUGGGCCAGGAGGUACACAGACUAACUCUGCUGCUCCGCGUGGCAUCCUCAAGCACUUGUCCACUUCUAGCUCCACAGACUCACUGUUCUCUUGCCUGGACCCGCAGAAUCCAGUUAGCCUGGAUUCUUCCACUGAGACUUGGACAGACAGGAAGCAGGUGAGGUUCAGCUCCACGGUCGGUUGGACCGGAGUGGAGUGGCAGGAUGGGAAGGAGCUGGAAGAGCACACUUUACUGGACAUUGACUCCAUCGCUCCCUCUGAGGGGGAAAAUAAUAGUGACCUUGAGAAUACUGGCAGUACCACUGUUGGCACAUGUAGGUCUUUACUUAAUCAGAGUAAAGUGGAUUCCCAGGAAGGUGAGCUCAAUUGCAAAAAUGAGGCAUACCUCCAAGAGCAAGAAGCUGGCCAACAUCAGGUUCUUUGUGAUGUCUCUGAGCACUGUCAUUCGGAGUUCCUAAGCCCUGCAGUGUCUGGACUCGUUUUUGCUGAGCAGGUGUCAGGUAAGCCUGUUCACCUGGAGACCGAGCCUGAAGAGGACCGUCGCUCUCAGACUAAGGCCACAGACUGGCCAUCCGGACACAACAUUCAUCACCAAAAGCUGCCUGAACAAAGCACUGACAUUUCUCUUGAGGCCAUCUCAGAUACCAAGCUGUCAACUAAUGGCAGCUCAAAGGGUUCAUCACCAAUGCCUAGACAAAGACUGCUUGGAAUUUUUAGAAGAGAGAAAGAUAAAGCUGCUGAAGUACAGAGUCCACAGAAAGAACUAAUGAAGAUAUCUAACACCCAGAAUCUCUCCCAAGGUGCUGCAGAUACAACUGUGGUCAAACAAGAAGCUAAACCCUCUGAGAUGACAGAGGUCAGAACACUACAACUUACAGACCUGCAGAAUACUCUGCAGCUUCCAGAGAGACUAUCCAAUCUGAAAGCUUUCUGGGAAAGAGAAAACAGUGGUCCCAGAAUAAUAUUUACCAGAGAAGAGGCAAGGCACAAAGACAUCGCCAAGACAGGAAUAGAAGCUUCACAUAGCUGUCAGACUAACUCUGAUAUGGUGAGCACAAACAACAAUCCCUUACCUCAAAUGGCAAUGACAGUUGAGGAUACUGCUGGCAGGUCCCAAGAAAAGAGUUCAUCAUCACAGACUGACCGUAGCCUCUUAGAAGAUUUAUCUAAAGAAGAUUGCACAUAUAGAGCAAAUCCAGUCCUCAUCUAUGAAGAGACAGAUGACUCUUUAACAGGUUCUGUAACAGAGUCAGAGAUUUCUGAGCCACAGGAAAACAUCAUCACUCCUGUACCUUUCUCUGUAGCCUUCAACACCCAAAAGCAAGAGGGGGAUACUCAAGUUCCCCUUCCCAGGCAGUCUAGUUCCAGUCCUCAAGAAGACAGGCCAGCCAAGAUCAGUGAACUUAAGAAUUUCUGGGAGAAUGAAUAUACAGGACCCAGGGUAAUUGCUGCAAGAGUCAAGGAAGCCUCAAGUAGUUUAAUACUCAGUAACAAAGUGAUUUCCCCUCAGUCUGAUCUGAGAACAUCCUUAGAUAGCAGAGAGAAGUCUGAGGGAGAGGCACAAACAUCUCCUUACAAAACCAAGUCUAAUGAUGUCUUGAAAUCAUCAAAAGUGACAGACAAGGGUUUUGUCAGUCGGAGUCCAGACAGGUCACAGCUAAGGGGUUCUGGUAGUACUGGGGAUGUACAGUCAACAUGUCACCAAUACCAAGUCAAGGCUGAUACAGAGUCUCAAGAAAGGCCCCUCAGUCCUAGUAAAUCCCAAACUCCAAGAUCAAAAGACCAGGAUGACGAAGUCAGCAGGAGUCCAUCUAAGACCUGCCACCCAAGGAUCCUAUCAAGGGAAUCCUCCAGUCCUAAGAGAUCCAUGCUGGAAGGCUCUCCCUUGAAAACCUUUCCAAUAGACAUCAAUCCCCAAACUAAGGUUGUUGAAGAACAACAAAGGAAGCCGACACCUGUGCCGAGACAGAGGAAGAGUCCCUCUUUUGAAGCAAAACAGAUAGUGCUGACAGACACUAGACCUAGCACAGAAAUCACCUCUCGUCCUCUCCCUUUAGGGGAAUGUGUGAAUACACAACAAAGUCGUUCAAGCUCCCCUACUUCACCACAAUCUAAAAAAGCUUCAGAGAAAAAGUUGGGGACAUUCACACACCUUGCCAGAUCUUUCAUCCCUCAGGAUUAUCAACACUACCUCGGGUCACAGGAGAAGGCAGGUGUUCCUCCUUUUCACCAAGAGAAAGCUGAGAAAGCAGAGAGUAAUGUGGUAUACAGACCACAAAAUGCCCUCAGAGACUUUGUGGGAAACCAGAGUGACAGUCCCACUAAGGGGAAUCCUCCCAGAAUCUGUUCUUGGAUUGUGCAAAAUAAAAACGGAAACUCCAGCCAAGACACAACAACCAGGGCCUUGUCUUGGGCAAGUUCAGGCAGUUAUGAUGAGACUUCUAGUCCCAUCAUGUCAGCUCUGAAACGAUUAACUUCAAGGAGCAUGUCCUCAUCCAAAAGUCUGGAAAACCUCACCUCACAAACAAGAGAAGAGAGGACCCAAAAUAACUCAAGUGAACAAAUGAAUAAAAGUAUUGAUGACGUUUCUUCACUUUCACCAUCAGCCUUUACUCUCUCCAACUCAAAGCAAAUGAAAACCAGUGUGUCAGUGCCUGUUCUUCAGCAGGAUGAGACAGACAGUGACAGCAAUUUUGAGACCAACUUAGGCUGGAGAAGAAACACAGGCAGCUCCACGUCUAACAUAAGUCUCUCCUCGGGAAUGGCCUCCAUGUCGUCUGUCAGUGGCAGCAUCAGCAGCAUUUACCCUGGAGACUUUGGUGAAAUUGAAGUCCAGGGAAGCAUCCAGUUUGCUGUGAACUACAGCCAGAAACUUGGCGAGUUUCACAUCUUUGUGGUGCACUGCAGGGAUCUGGCCAUGGCCGACACCAAGAAGACCCGCUCUGACCCGUAUGUGAAAUGUUACCUUCUUCCUGACAAAACAAAGUUGGGAAAGAGAAAAACCACUGUAAAAAAGAAGACCUUAAACCCCACCUACAAUGAAAUCCUCAGGUUUAAAAUCAUAAUGGAGGUGUUGAAAACUCAGAAUUUGAAUAUCUCGGUGUGGCACAAUGACACUUUUGGGCGGAACAGUUUCCUGGGCGAGGUGGACCUGGAUUUGUCAGAGUGGGACUUCAACAACACACAGAUAAAUGAAUAUGCAUUAAAAGCCAGGGUCUCAGCACAAACUUCAACACCGUCUCCCUCAUGUCUGAUGGACAUCAGAGGACAGAUGAGAGUCGCCCUGAAAUUCCUGCCGCAGACGUCCCACAGUAAGAGAACAUCUAGGAUGGAGACUGGUGAGGUGCAGAUUUGGGUGAAAGACUGCAAGAAUCUUCCUCCAGUCAGAGGAGUUAUUAUCGACCCAUUUGUGAAAUGCACCGUACUUCCUGAUAAGAGCCACAAAAGCCGACAGAAGACGCGGGUGGUGAAGAGGACGGCCAACCCGAUGUUCAACCACACCAUGGUGUUCGACGGCUUCCGACCAGAGGACCUCAGAGAGGCCUGUGUGGAGAUCACAGUGUGGGAUCAUGACCGAGUGAACAACCACUACAUUGGUGGUCUGAGGCUCGGGCUUGGCACAGGGAAGAGUUACGGGGUGGAAGUGGUUUGGAUGGAUUCAACGACAGAUGAAGCAAAUUUAUGGCAGAGGAUGUUACAGUCUGAUGGUGAAUGGGUGGAGGAUGUUUUACCUCUGAGAAUGUUGGUGGUGGCAAAAAGCAUGUCAAAGUGAGAUUGUAUAAAAUGUGUUGAUAAAUGUGUGGAAACUAUUUGGGAGCACACUGCAUAUACAUUUGGAUGGAUCUACAAACUAUACACUAUGAGUGGAAGCAGCAGCCUUAAUGAGCAAUGUGUAUCUGUCUGUAUAACUCAUGAUCAUUGUAUAAUAAAUUAAUACACAAGGUACUUUAGUUUGUAUAGUCCAAACCACAUGUUAAAUUUGUCAUCUCAAAAAGUUAAUUAUUUAUAAAAAUGAUACAAAAUAGGGCAGAGGAUACAAUCAAAGUUAUAAAACAUACAAAUUGUUUUGAUCUGAAGAUACAUUUGAUCUGAGCACUAAUGAUUUGUGUAUAGUCCUAUUAUAUAAUGUGACUACUCCAUCACGUAAUUCUAUCUUCAAUAAACAGGAUAUUAAUGGGA